CGAUCUUGAAAAGUGGCAUGGGUUCCAGUCUAUUGGUUGUCAAUUCAGGAUCGUCGUCCCUUAAGUUCAAGCUCUUUAACAGAGCUGCAGACAAGCUCUCAGCUGUAGUCACUGGUCUUGUUGAGAGAAUCGGAGACACGGAACACUCUCGUCUAGUGGCAACAAAUGAAAAGGAUGCAAGCAAUCCAGGGAAACAGGUAUUCCAGGAACCGCUUCCAGAUCACACUGCAGCCCUUGACUAUGUCCUCGAUUACCUACGGCAGCAAUACUCCAACAAUAUAAAGGACGAAGUGGAAGCGAUGGGGCACAGAGUGGUCCAUGGCAAGAACAUCUCAGAGCCUGUGCUGGUAGAUGAGGAGGUCAUGCGGAUCAUCAAGGAUGCAGCUGAACUAGCGCCACUCCAUAAUCCUGCCAACUUGCAAGGGAUUGUGGCGGCAAGCGCGGUCUUCCCCGGAUGUCCACAGGUUGCAGUGUUCGACACGGCAUUCCAUCAAUCAAUGCCGGCAUCUGCAUAUGUGUAUGCGCUCCCAUAUGAGUACUUGGAGAAGCUGCAUGUCAGGAAGUACGGCUUUCAUGGGACCUCAGUCAGAUACCUUGUCAAUCAGGCAUCCGGAAUGCUGGGUAAAGAUGUAUCAGAGCUCAAUCUGAUUGUGGCUCAUCUGGGGGCGGGCGCCAGUGUCACAGCUAUCAGGGGUGGAAAGAGUGUCGACACGAGCAUGGGCCUCACACCUCUGGAAGGGCUGGUCAUGGGAACACGCAGCGGUGAUGUGGAUCCAGCAGUGCUUCUGUACCUCAUGGACAAGUGCGGCAUGAGUACGCGAGAGGCCGACACGAUGUUGAACAAGAAGAGCGGCUUUCUGGGCCUCUGUGGGAAGGCUGACGUCCGGGCCGUGCUAGAGGAGGCUGAUGCAGGCAAUGAGCGUGCAAAGCUGGCCAUUGAGGUGUACCUGCACCGCUUGAGGAGGUACAUCGGUGCAUAUCUUAUUCAUCUGCAGGGCGAUGUGGAUGCCAUCAUUUUCUCAGCAGGGAUGGGCGAGAAUAGUGCAGUGCUCCGAGGCCGAGCCCUUGAGGGAUUGCAGAAAUUUGGCAUUGGUGUGGACGCAGCCCGCAAUGAGGCGACUGUGAGGGGCAAGAAGGGCGAAAUCCAGAGUAGCGAGUCAGAAAUGAAGGUGCUUGUGAUUCCAACAGAUGAAGAGCUCAGCAUUGCACAGCAGACAUUGGAAGUGCUAGAAAAGCUCGAGUAGGAAUUGUCAGCUCUACACUUGUUCAUUUGACCACGUUCUGGUCCUACUGUAGUACAGACGUCCUUUGGUCCUGCCUCUGUAAGACCUGGCCACCCGCAGACUACCGUACACAAGGUCAAUUAUACUGUGAGGUAUAUCACCCCAUUUAUUGCCUCUCACAAGAUUGAUGCAGAGUAGCAUUGUACAGUCAUUGUAGCUCUGCUGGGUCCAAUGCUCUGGAAAGCAGCCGCACUGAAAUUCAACAAGGGUUCAUGCGCUCCCGCUGUAGAGUCCAGCAGUGACCAGCAGCUUCUUCUUUGCAUUCGCGAGCCUCGACUUGCGGCGAGCGCCUGUGUUAAUGUGGAGCACGCCUCUGCACACUGCCUUGUCGAUUUCCUGGUAUGCCUCUGAUAUCAAUUUCUCCACUGGCUUCAGGGCGUCCUCACUCUCAAGCUUGCCGUUGAAUUCUGCGAUAGCCUUGAACACCUUCUUGAUGCGAGUAGCAACAGCAGACUUUCUGGCCUUAUUGUAAACACGCUGUGCCUCUGACAACCUCUCCCUCUGUUUCGCGUUCUGCUUGGCCUCCACAACCAAUGAUGACCUGCUAAUCGGUGUCGAUCUGCUUGUGGCUUUGAUAUGCAACGCCUGACCACGCAGUGUGUUGGAGAAUCCAAAGCUAGGAGUUCCACGGCUGCUGUGCAAUCUGCAAGAACCUGAGAUGGAUAGAGUAGACAUGGAACCCACUAGGGCGUGAGACAUGGCUGCAAUCUUGGUUCUCUUCCUUCCAAA